UUACCUCAGACUCAGCAACAAAAAACUCACCGGAAAUCUUUCCAAGAUGUCUUUUUGGGCUUCCAAGAAACCGAGGCCGCAGAGUGCCAGGUUCUCUUUCGGAAGCUCCCUCCAUCACGGCAUCAGAAAUAUAGGUGCUCGUCGGGCAAGUGCUUUUGGUGGCGUCGAAAGAGACAAGAACAAAUGGCAAUUCAUGCCAAAUAAAACUAGAGAGCCACAAACCAAAGCAGGUCUCAAAAAAUCUGCUAAAUCUCAACUGACUGCCUUUUCUGAUUGGCUGGCCCGUCUCAUGUCGUACUUCUCCAGCUCCUGCCCACACAGUGACAUAAGCACAAGAGACAUUCUGUACCCCUGCAAUUUGGAUUUGUUGUAUUCCAUCGGAAUGUUCAGCAACAAUUUUGCGGGAUGUGAGUCCAAGGCAUCCAUGCUCAAAGAAAAUGGUGCUGCUUCCCCAGCUUCCAUCAACUGCAGAAGCACUCAUGAAUCCCCCUUUUUGAAGUUAAUGGCUCAAAAAGCUAGGGAAUUCACUGCAGUACUUUCUCAAAAGCUGAAUGGAAGCACCAGCGAGCAUAUGCAAUCUAACCAUCUUGCAAAGGAGCGAUUGCCAUAUCGCCUUAGUAGCAUCUUUAUUCCGUGGGGCUAUGGCCAGCAUAGUGCAAGUAUGACUUCUGCGAACGGCAGACAUAAUGGCGAUAUUACAAGCUUUUCCUUGUAUUCCAGAGACUGUCCCGCUAUUGAGGAUAUCAGUAAUUCAAACAAUAUUGUGUGUGAUACCGGGAAAAACCCUUUACCCAGGGAUCCAGAAUGUCCCUCUGCAUACGAUCCAAGUAUUAAGAGUCUUGUCAAUGAACUUUUCAACGACUUUAUGGGAAACGGCUGCAAAGAAAAGUGCACUUUGGCUACUGAGAAUGGAUGCCUGACGUCUACAAACCCUGGCCCACUGCAAACACGUCUGACAUAUUUCCUAGGCAUUCUACCCAUUACUUUUCUGUCUUCUAAAGAAGCUACCCUAGAAGCAGUUGUACCUCGAUCUAAAUACUUGGGACUUGAUCAUCAAAGAAAAGACUCUCAGAAUCAACACUCACAUGUCCUAAAGAAUGAAGAGAAAACUACUACACAAAGUGCCACCUCGGAAAUAGGAAGGCGGUCAAAAAUAUGCUCUGUUCUGGACCUUUCUAGCCUUGGAAAUUGGGAGGAUGAAGAAAUGGUGCUCGCAGGUCUACAGCUUGGUGAUACUGACCUACAGCAAUCAACAGCAAAACCAACAAUCGAGCAUGAAAAUUUGUUUUUAACACACCCAGAAAACUUUCCACGCACCCAGGACACCAAAGUGUUGGAUACUAGCAAUUCUAAUAUGGAUGAUCUGAGCAGCAUUAUGUCACUGCUUAUUGCCCGUCACCUGGAUCAAUAUGAAUUUGCCGAUUCUGCUACCUUGGCUUCAAUGGGGCUUGUAUCUAUGGGGCUCAGUUUUGAAGAAGGCUCUUUUAGUUGGGUCAGCUCACCCGUGCUCCAGUUGAAAGAUGAAAAGGCGAAGUCAAAUAGUUCCCGCCCGAUCAUUCAAAUAUUUGAGGGGGCAUCAUGAAGCUGUUGAAUUGGCCUCAUAAAUAGCAUUGCGG